AUCCCGGCACUUUGGGAGGCUGAGGCGGGAGGAUCGCUUGAUCCUGCCACUGCAUUCCAGCCUGAGUGACAGAGGGAGACCCUGUCCCAAACAAAACAAAAAUAACUUUUUGAUGUUUAAACUAUUGUUUUCUACUUUUUUCAGCUAUAUAUGCAUAGGAUUGGGGAGAUUUAAGUAUAUUGCCUAAGGUGACACAGCAAGAAAGCUAGGAUUUGAACCCUGGCACUCUGGCUCCAGAGCCUGCACUCUAAAUUGUAUAUUUCACUUAUGUCAUAGAGCAGGCAUUAUGUGGAUGACAGGACACAUUCUGCUGGAAGAGGGGCACAAAAACAGAUAAUAUAAUUCACCACGCUAAGUGAUACUAAGGAGGUAUAGCAAGGAGCACGAAGGAGAAACACCAGUAUGAGCUGGGGUAGAGGAGGUGACAUAUGAGCCUUUCCAUCCUCAAGGAUGAGGUUACUGAUCUGAGAAGGAAGCGAGGCAUCCCAGCCAAAGGAUGCUGCAGCACACAGUCACGUGGUCACACUGGAGAGGGUGACCAAUAGGGCCUGUGGGGAGGCUAGGAAGGUGGCUCACAGCCUACAUGAAUUUGUUGUUCACUCAUAAGGCAUGCUGGGAGCUGGUAGAGGGUUUUAGACAAGGAAGUGAUAGGGUAAUUUUUGUGUUUUGAAGAUAACUGCAGCAGCAAUAUGGGGAAUGGAUUGAAGAGAGGAAAGAAUGGGACAGGGAGAUGGCUACUGGGUGGCUGAUAGAGCAGGUGAGAGGUGUGUGGUCUGAACUGUGUCAGGUCAGUGGCACUGAGAUCAGUGUUUGGGUUUUAGAGACAUGAAGCAAACAUGACUUGUAGCUAUUAGAGCAGGGGCAGAGAUGGGGUCCAUAAUGAAUGAGAGGGAGGAAUUGGGAUCUUGGAGGAUCCUUAGGAAACUGGGUAAACAACAUCAGAGUUCAGGAGAUAGAGUGUGUUGGGAAAGGUAAUGAGUUUUGUUUUGAACACUAAAGAGCACCUAGCCAGACAAUUAGAUUGUCUUACAAAUGAAGAAACUGAGCCAACACAAAUUAUGGGUCAAGUUAAGGAACUCGUCUGAAUUUACAGCAUAUUGGAGGCAGAGCUUCAACUUGAAUACAGGUUUUCCAGUUUCUAGUCAAUUGUUUUUUCAACUUCAGAGCAGUUACCUCAUUUAAAAAGUUAGGCAGCAGUCUGCAGCUUAGUAGAGAUGCUGGAAUGCAGAAGUGUGUAAAUGCUAAAAUGUGGCCUGAGAACUAGGAACUUUAGAGGUCAUUGUACAUAUCAGGACACAGGCCUAGAGAACAGAGAGACUGUGCAAACAGGUGCGGCCAAGCUGGAUUUUGGACCUGACUCUGACACUUAGUUUAGCUCUCUGUUUUACUCAAAUUUUAAGUUAAGUGUUGGGUUAUCACUUUGUGGGGCUAGGGGCUGGUCUUAGAAGUUGUAGAAUCAGGCCAGGCGUGGUGGCUCACGCCUGUAAUCCCCCCACUUUGGGAGGCCGAGGCGGGCGGAUUACAGGGUCCUGAGAUUGAGACCAUCCUGGCUAACAUGGUGAAACCCCGUAUCUACUAAAAAUACAAAAAAUUAGCCAGGCGUGGUGGGAUGUGCCUGUAGUCCCAGCUACUCGGAAGGCUGAGGCAGGAGAAUGGCUUGAACCUGGGAGGCGGAGGUUGCAGUGAGCCAAGAUCGGGUCACUGCACUCCAGCCUGGGCGACAGAGAGAGACUCCGCCUCAAAAAAAAAAAGAAGUUGUAGAAUCACUCUCUUGUAGGUCUUAAUUUGGUGGAGCACCUUUUGUCUCACUAGUGCCUUCCACUGACAAACCCACCUGAUACUCAAGGUGAUCCAGCAGCCUGGAACACUCAGUCAGCCUGCAGAGGCUGGCCUCCGACUCAGCGGCACAGAGGAAGGCUGACAGUGGAUCUGAGAGGCCCAAGGACCACACAGGCUUUUCUUUUUUUUAUUGUUUUGAGAUGGAGUUUGGCUCCUGUGGCCCAGGCUGGAGUGCAAUGGUGUGAUCUCGGCUCACUGCAACCUCCGCCUUCUGGGUUAAGCAAUUCUCCUGCCUCAGCUUCCCUAGUAGCUGGGAUUACAGGCGCCCGCCACCAGCCCAGAUAAUUUUAUGUAUUUUUAGUAGAGAUGGGGUUUCACUAUUUUGGCCAGGCUGGUCUCGAACUCCUGACCUCAGGCGAUCCACCCACCUCAGCCUCCCAAAGUGCUGGGAUUAUAGGCGUGAGCCACCAUGCCCGGCUCAACACACAGGCUUUUCUUCUGGAAUCACUCAUGGUUAAGAGCUGUGUUCAGCAAACAGAAAAGUGAUUACACCCUUUCUAUAUGCAGAAUUGAUGCUUUUUUAAAAAAGUACAUUUUUAAGAAAAUUAGGCCAAGCAUGGUGGCUCAUGCCUGUAAUCCCAGCCACCACUUUGGGAGGUCAAGGUGGAAGGAACGCUUGAGCCCAGGAGUUCGAGACUAGCCUGGGCAAUAUAGUGAGACCCCAUUUUUACAAAAAAUAGAAUUAGCCGGGUGUGGUGGCACACACCUGUAGUCCCAGCAACUUAGGAGGCUGAGGUGAGAGGAUUGCAUGGCUCCAGGAAGUUGAAACUGCAGUGAACUGUGGUCACGCUAUUACACUCCAGCCUGGGUGACAGACUGAAUCCCUGUCUCAAAAAGGAAAAGGAGGAUGGACUCAGACAAGUUCUGGAGGAGAUGAAAGCUUUGUAUGAACAAAACCAGUCUGAUGUGAAUGAAGCAAAGUCAGGUGGACGAAGUGAUUUGAUACCAACUAUCAAAUUUCGACACUGUUCUCUGUUAAGAAAUCGACGCUGCACUGUAGCAUACCUGUAUGACCGCUUGCUUCGGAUCAGAGCACUCAGAUGGGAAUAUGGUAGCGUCUUGCCAAAUGCAUUACGAUUUCACAUGGCUGCUGAAGAAAUGGAGUGGUUUAAUAAUUAUAAAAGAUCUCUUGCUACUUAUAUGAGGUCACUGGGAGGAGAUGAAGGUUUGGACAUUACACAGGAUAUGAAACCACCAAAAAGCCUAUAUAUUGAAGUCCGAUGUCUAAAAGACUAUGGAGAAUUUGAAGUUGAUGAUGGCACUUCAGUCCUAUUAAAAAAAAAUAGCCAGCACUUUUUACCUCGAUGGAAAUGUGAGCAGCUGAUCAGACAAGGAGUCCUGGAGCACAUCCUGUCAUGACCAUGCACCGAGGCACUUCCAGGCUUCACUCAACUCAUGGACUCCUCUGUACUCACUCUCUCCACCCUCCCUUCACCUCCCUCUUUGAUUUUAGAAGCUAUAGACAUUGUUUAAGAUAACUAAGAAUACUUGGCUAAGAAGUAUAAUUUGCUAACUAUUAAGGACUUUCUUUUUUUAAUGUUUUACACUAUUCUUCCUACUCCUUUUUGGUUUUGGUUUUGUUUUGUAGAGACAGUGUCUCACUAUGUUGCCCAAGCUGGUCUCAAACUCCUGGCCUCAAGCAGUCCUCCCACCUUAGCUUCUCAAAGUGUUGAGAUCACAGGCGUGAGCCACUGCACCCGGCCCCUACUCCUUUUUCUAAUAAGCUGUAUCUGUAAUCACAGCAUUCCUACAGUUGUUACAGUGUGUUGUUUAAAUGAAAGUAAACAUGGUUACAUUUGAAUCUCUUAAAUAAUCAGUCACUUGGCUGGACAGGAAGAAGGUAGAUCCUGUGUGUCUUGUUUUCUGGUCAUGUGUAUUGUACAAGCUAGAGAGCUGAAUUUCUGAGAUACACAUUUUCAAAUCACAUGCAAGUGAAGAUGAUGAUCUGUAGAAAUUUUCAGUGUAUGUAAUGUUUAAUGACAUACUAAUUUAUCACCUGGCUAUUUGGGAAGGAAGGACACACAUGGAUUUUGCACAUUUCCACCAUGGUGGCUGGUGUGGCUUGUGGCUGUGGGGUGAUCACCAGUAUCACCACUUUGGAAGGGGACAGUGAAAUUGGGGCUAGAGAAGGAACUUUGUACAGUUUUCCCUGAGAUUCAGAUUGACUGAAAAGUCACAUGAAGAGUUGAUUGUCUUUUAAUGGUAUGUUUUAAACAGCUGACAUUUUAAAUUUUGAUGAAAUCCAGUUUAUUCGUUUGUUCUUUUAUGCUUUGGGUGUUGCAUCCGAGAAAUCUUUUCCCAUCCCAAGGUCACAAUUUUUUUUCCUUUUUACUUCUAGAAAUGUUAUAAUUUUAAGCUUUAUACUUUGGUCUAUGACCUGUUUUUUUGUUUUCUUUUUUCGUUUGUUUCUUUGUUUUGAGAUGGAGUCUUGUUCUGUCACCCAGGCUGGGGUGCAGUGGCGUGAUCUUGGCUCACUGCAAUCUCUAUCCCCUGGGUUCAAGUGAUGCUCUUGUCUCAGCCUCCCAAGUAGCUGGGAUUACAGGCGCAGGCCGCCACGCCCGGCUAAUUUUUGUAUUUUUAGUAGAGACAGGGUUUUACCAUGUUGGCCAGGCUGGUUUCAAACUCCUGACCUCAAGUGACCCACCUUGGCCUCCCAAAGUUUUGGGAUUACAAGUGUGGGCCACCGCGCCCAGCCUAUGAUCCAUUUUGAAUGAAUUUUUUAUAUGGUGCAAGGUGUCAAUCCACCUUCACUUUUUCUUGGGAAUAUAGAUAUCCAGCUGUUUCACUACCAUUUCUUGAAAGGACUGCCCUUUGCUCUAUCACCUUUGCAUUUUUGUUAAAAAGUAGUUGUCAAUGUAUAUGUGGGUUUAUUUCAGGACUCUGUUUUGUUCCAUUGACCUGUUUUUCUCUCCUGAAUGCCAAUACCAUAUUUGUAUGUAGUGUAUGUAAUUUUCUAAUAAUUCUUGAAACAGAUAGUAUUAAUGCAUCAUGUUUUUGCUGUUGUUUGUAUUUUUUGUAGAGAUGGGGUUUCACCAUGUUGGUCAGGCUGUGUUGAACUCUGAGCUAAAGCAAUCCACUCGCCUCGUCCUCCCCAUGUGCUGGGAUUACAGGCGUGAGCCUUGGUGCUGGCCCAGUGUACCACAUUUCUUUUUGAGAUUUGUUUUGGCUAUGUUAAGUCCUUUGCUUUUGAUGUGAAAUUUGGGAACAGGCAGGGUGUGGUGGCUUAUGCCUGUAAUCCUAGAACUUUGGGAGGCCUAGAUGGGUGGAUCACUUGAGCUCAGGAGUUCCAGACCAGCCCGGGCCUAUGGCAAAACUCCGUCUCUACAAAAAAUACAAAAAAUUAGCCAGGUGUGGUGGUGCAUGCCUGUAGUCCCAGCUACAUGGCAGGCUGAGGUGGGAGGAUCACUUGAGCCCCGGAGGUCAAGGCUGCAGUGAGCUGAGAUCACACCACUGUACUCCAGCCUGGGUGACAAAGUGAGACUCUAUCUCAAAAAGAAAUUAGGAUCAACUUGUCAAUUUCUACAACAACAACAACAACAACAAAAACCCCUGUUGGGCACCUUGAUUGAGAUUGCAUUGAAUUUAUAUAAAACUGUUGGGAGAAUUGACAUCUUAAUAAUAUUGAGUCUUCUGGCCUAUAAACAAGGUCUGUCUUCCUAGGUAUUAAUGUUUUGUCUUCUAUUUCUCUUAAUAAUCUUUUGUAGUUUUCAGUGUACAGGUCUACCAUGUCAGCAUUUCAUAGUUUUGAUGCUAAAUGGUAUUUUAAAAUUUCAAAUUCUAACUGCUUGUUGCUAGUAAAUAGAAGUACAAUUGAUGUUGAACUUGUAUCCUUCAGCCUUGCUAAACGGAGUUCUCAUGGUGUUUUUGUAGAUUACAUCAACAGUCAUGUGUUCUAUGAAUAAAGAGUUUUACUCCUUCCUUUCUAA